UACCCCUCACCAUGACAACGACAGAUUUCUCUCGUCAGAGGACAGACAGCUAAUCAGUCAGUUAGCUCCGUAGCUCUCAUGAUUUAGACACGAAUAUUGAGUAAAACAUCGUGUUUUUACAUGACGGAGGUGGCCUAUACUUAAUGUAGGACGGUCAUCUUUGCUGGGAGACCAGCCGGGAGGCAGAAGAGGCUGUUUAUCUGCGUGAGAACAACAACAACAUGGCUCUUCUUCCCCUGCAGCAUCCCCGGCUGCUGCUGCUGCUGCUGCUGCUGUCAGCUGCUGUUCUGUUAAACGCAGCAGACCGUCGCUCGUUGCCAAUAUCGGAUCUAAAGUCUAGGAUAACCGGCGUGGAGGAGAUCCUGGAGGAGUUCCGCAAGCAGCUGCAGCAGGACCAGCCGUACAGGCCGGGGGAGAAUGUGGUGGUGGACUCCUGUGUGGGCGACUUCAACGCCGUCGGAGAGCGCAUCAUCCGGGCCAAGGCCUCCAUCGAGCAGGGCGCCACCUUCCUGCUGGCUCCGGACCGGGUGUUCACCUGGAGGGACUGCCUGCACGCCUGCUGCGCCCAGCCGCACUGCACCGUGGCGGUGGUUCAGCAGGACCGGAGGCAGCCUCAGACCGGAGACAGUCUCAGCUGCUACCUGUUCAACUGCACCUACAGGAACAAACAGGUCUGCUCCUUCGCUCCGCAGCAGGGCUUCACCACCUACAGCCGGGCUGACAACACCACCACCACCCAGGGUCACCUGCCUGCUCCUGCUCCUGCUCCUGGUCCUGGUCCUGGUCCGGCCAGCGGAUCAGCCAGGAGGCCCGAGGAGGACGAGGCACAAGAUGUGGAUGAGCCUCCUCGCAGUGACGCUGGACAGGAUGUGGUGAUCCAGCUGCCCACAGACUGGGCCGUCCUGGAUGGACGGGACAGCGUGGACGACCACAGGAUCAACCACUAUGAAUGGACUCUCCUCAAGGGGGACACAGCCAUCAAUAUGAAGGCGACUCAUCCAGGGCUGUUGAAGAUCAGCGGCCUCCAGGAGGGAGUCUACUCUUUCCAGAUGAUGGUCACUGACACAGCGGGCCAGAAGAGCUCUGACAACGUCUCUGUCACUGUGCUGGCACCUAAACACCAAGCUGAAGUGUGUACAGGUCUCUGCUCAAAGUACCAGUUCAAGUGUGAUGACGGUUGCUGUAUCGACAUCACCUACGCCUGUGAUGGGAAGCAACACUGUCCAGACCGCUCUGAUGAAGUCUUCUGCCCAAUCUUUGACAGCAACAGGAAGUCAGUGACCCAUUCUGCUGAACUGUCCAACCUUCAUCGGCCUGUAGCCCAGACGGAGGAGGCAGAGGAUGGCUCCAUGCUCCAGACUGGACCCAGAAAGACCAUAGAGAGCAUCAUUCCUCCUCAGGACAGGAGUAACGCUGCUCCUCCACUAAGUCCCAGUCAACAGGAGACUUCAGCCAGUCAAGAUCCGUGUGCUGCAGCUCCAGUUGUCGGACCCUGUAAAGGCACCUUCCCACGCUGGUACUACGACCAAAAUGCGGGAGAAUGCAAACACUUCCUGUAUGGCGGUUGCCAGGGCAACCAUAACAACUUCCUCCAGGAAUCUGACUGUGUCAGUGAAUGUAUACAAAAAGGUCCAGCUUUCAAACCAGCAACUGUGGCUCCUCCAAUCACCAAACAGACUGAGAUAGCUGCCCCUAAAGUGUCCCAGAGCCAAGCAGACAGCGACGUCCCCAUCUCCAAACCAUUUAAAGAAAUAGGAGGGCAUCCAGUACCAGAGUCAGGUGCUAUCCUUCCUCUGGCUCUCGGCCUAAUCAUCACCGCUAUGCUGCUGCUCAUGAUCGGCUGUCGUCUCAGACUUGUUCGACACAAGCUGAAGAAAACCCGACCCCUCACCACCGAGGAGUCCGAUUACCUCAUCAACGGCAUGUACCUGUAGCCAAUCAGCCACGGGCAGCAAACGCAAGAGCCUCUGAGAAAGGGAAACAUGGUUGUUGUCGCCAGAGCCUGAGCCAGGACUUUUUGAAUUUGCACGCUGUGUUUCUUGCAGCCCAGUGUCUGUAAAUUGUCUUCACUUCAGGUCACAACUCUCUGCUGUCAUGAACGUUUGUGAACACCCCCACACUGAACCCCUCUGACUGGUAAAUCCGCUGCUGAUAGAUGCUGCCUUCAAAGCCACUGACACAUAUUCAGAUGCUUGUGAAUUCAUAUUUAUGUUGUCUGAUUCUGAUUGUGAAUCAACGAUGGAUGAAUCGACUUCCUAGUUCGAUACCGAUACACAGCUGUCUACAUUCCAAUGACUUCUGGGAUACAUACGGUACAAGAGACUCUUUUAUCCCCUUUAUGAAAAUUCCUAAAACGCAGGUUACUUCGAUUUUCACUUGAUGUAUUUUCCCGACUAGUGCUGCACAAAAAUAUGCUGUAUUUCUGCCACUGGGUGGCACUAAUGUGGCAUGUUUGUGUUGUACAUGUUACUUGAGUUAACUUUGAACAUUGGAGUGCCUGUUGUAGUGCACUUUUUUGACUGAUUAGGAAUCAACAACAAAUUAUCAUUAUAAUUUCUCAGAAUCAUAUAAAGCCAUAGCAAAUUCUAUCGGUCAAAAUCUAUCUCUGUCUAAAUUUUGUUGCAUAUUUUUUGCAAAAUGAUGUGGAGUAUCUACUAUAUUUGCGCACAUGUAUUCCCUCAAAGUGCUGUCUUUCAUGUGAGAUAUUAAAGUUUAUUAUAUAUCAAAAAA